CCCGCCCCUACUACAGAUGCUGGGACCGCCUCCCUCCCGGCCCCAGCCCAGAAAAUUUUAUCAUUUCCAACCUCCAGCACCUGGGCAAGGACACCUGAAUAUGUUCCGAUGGCCUUUCCCCAAAGAGCAAGAAACCCCCCCAGCCCCGGUACCGGGCCUCAGAGACCCACAGCCGUCGCCCUUCUCUUUGGACAGAAUAAAUCACAGGGGGAGCCAGCUAGGGUUUGGAGUCAUGAAUCAAUUUAAUUUUGGAGGAUCUCCUGCCACUGGAAGUGGUUUCACCUUUGGCCCUGCAAAGACAAGCACCACAACACCAGGACCAGGCUUUUCUUUCUCCACACCUAGCUCUGGAGGGUUUAAUUUUGGGACUCCCUCCCAGCCUGCUGCAAGCACGCCUGCUACUAGUUUGUUCUCCCUGACCACCCCUGCCUCAUCUACACAGACUCCAGGCUUCUUUGGAUCACAGGUCACAUCAACUCCAGGUUCCACCACUCCGGGGUUUUCCUUAGGGUUAAGUACACCAAAAUUAAGUUUGGGCAGCAGUGGCACCCCACUCUCUACAGGUUUCACAGGGAGCUUUGGGCUUGCCAACAGCACACUUACUAAUUCCAUAGCAAGCAAUGUGUCAAGCCAGACAUCAGCACCUACUGGCUUUAUUUUUGGCCCUCCUACUACCACCGUCACCCAACCUACAUCAUCCAUAGGAUUCUCCUUCCCCAGUGGAAAUGCUUCCCAGACGGGGACCACUGGUUUUAACCUCGGCUCAAUGGGGAGUGCAAGUCAACCAACAGCAUUUUCAGGGUUAACCUUUGCUGCUACUACUCCAGCUUCCACUGCAGCAACUUCCACACAACCACAUACUGCCUUCAGCCUUGGAGGACAGCCUACAGGUUUAGGAUUUGGAUUGUUGGCCUCUACCGGGUCUACUGCUAUACCCACUGGAUCACAGGUCUCAAGCUUCAGUCAGACACCUCCUUUGCCUUUUUCCACUAAAGUCUCAGUAUCAACAUCAACCGGUCCACCCACCACCACUUCGGGACCUACAUUGUUUUCUUCCAUAGCAAAUACUCCCAUUACAACCUCUUCUGCCCCAAGCCUCUCAGCUGGAGCUCCAUCCACUUCAGCUGGAACAUCUGGUCUUGGAGUAUUGGGAUUUGGAUUAAAGCUUCCUGCCUUAACAAGUGCACCCAGUAGUACUACUGCUAUUACUACUUCAGUUUCCACCCCAGGCUUUGCCUUGAAUCUAAAGCCACUGACAACAACUGGCCUUGGGACCGUCCCUUCCACCUGUGUCCCUUUAUCCUCAGCUAGCACAACUCCAAGGCCCUCAAUGGAUCAAGAGAUUCCCCCAUCCCAAAACUGUGUAACCCCUAUGAUGACUUAUGCUCAGCUGGAAAGUUUGAUCAAUAAAUGGAGUCUCGAACUGGAGGACCAAGAAAAACAUUUCCUUCAGCAGGCCACGCAAGUGAAUGCUUGGGACCGGACAUUAAUUGAGAAUGGUGAGAAGAUUACUACUUUACACAGAGAAGUAGAGAAAGUGAAGCUGGAUCAGAAAAGGUUGGACCAAGAAUUAGACUUCAUCCUGUCACAGCAGAAAGAGCUAGAAGACCUGCUGCUUCCUUUGGAGGAUGCCGUGAAGGAGCAGAGUGGGACUAUCUACCUGCAGCAUGCAGAUGAGGAGCGAGAGAAAACUUAUAAAUUAGCAGAAAAUAUAGACGCUCAGCUGAAGCGCAUGGCCCAAGACCUCAAGGAUAUUAUUGAGCACCUGAACAUGUCUGGAGGGCCUCCCGACACCAGUGACCCACUUCAGCAGAUCUGUAAAAUUUUGAAUGCCCAUAUGGAUUCGCUUCAGUGGAUUGAUCAAAACUCAGCCCUGUUGCAGCGGAAGGUGGAAGAGGUAUCAAAGGUUUGCGAGAGCCGUCGCAAGGAGCAGGAACGCACCUACCGGAUCGUGUUUGAUUAAAUGGCCUGUGAUCUCUUGGAUAGUAAUGCUGUGUUGUUAUCUAUCCAGUAUAAAAAAGGCCUUAGGGCAUAAACUUAAGUAAAGCAUACAGUUACCCAUUGCAGUUAUUUUUUGUUACGGUAACGUUCGUGUGGUUAUUUUUCUUCGAUUCUAAAUCUCAAGUAAAAACAUACAUUUACUCUAUUGCAGUUAAUUUUUGUUACAGUAAAGUUCAUGGGAAUUCUUUUGCGUUCUAAAACUUUUAUGGUGGUCAGAGGAAAUUAUGAUGGGAAUUUACAUUAGUUAUAUCCAAUUUUGUCAAUCUUUUUAUGCCCAUUAAAUUGCUCAAUGCUUUAUGAAGUCUUCCAA